AUGAAGGCUAUAAGGGCGUGUUUGUUGUUUGUGCCGUUCUUUAUAAGUCAUGUUAUCAUGGCCGUUUCUGAAGCCACAGCGAGUCCAAGGAAGAGGAAUCUUGAUAAGUAUUUCGACGAACCGGGAAUGGGUGACACUCUUCGCCAUUAUGAUAGUAGAUUCUUCAAAGGAGUAGUGCCGCCGGCAGAUCGAAUUGAGGGCUUGACGGAUAUGAUUCGAGCGUAUUUGCAAUUCUUUCAGGAAAACGGACUAGAAACCUGGAUAGCCCAUGGAACACUACUUGGUUGGUGGUGGAAUGGAAAGAUGCUUCCAUGGGACUGGGAUGUGGAUACGCAAGUCAGCUCCGAGACCCUCGAAUACCUUGGUGACUAUCUUAACCAGACGGUUUAUAAUUAUACUGGGACAAUGCCGAGUCACGGAAAUAAACGGCAAUAUCUACUAGAUGUCAACCCAGCUUCGAGAGAGAGAGGACGCGGUGACGGCCAAAAUAUCAUUGAUGCGCGAUGGACGGAUAUUUCCAGUGGUAUCUUUACCGAUAUCACAGGGAUCAGCGAAUUAAACCGUGAUACAGAGCCUGGAGUGCUAGGUGAUAAAAACUUCCACAGGUAUCGAGAAGUUGACAUCUAUCCAUUGCGCAAAAGUACAUGUGAAGGAGUCCCUGCAAGUGUACCUUUCAAUUAUAUUGAUAUUCUAGUCACAGAAUAUGGUAACGCUUCUCUCAGGAGGACUGAGUAUGAGAACCAUUUCUGGAGUACGAGCCGGCAAGAAAACCCGGCCAGUGGUGCCAACGAACCUGAUUGGGUAGAUGUUGGGAUUGGAUAUGGUAGAGCUUGCUGGUACUCAGGAUGCUAG